AUGGUAAAUGCAAACGAAUGGCUAGAUGAAAAAAUCCCAAAGGACCAAAGAGCUCAGGCAACAUUUCUUUAUGUCUACAGAUUUUGUCAAAGUGGUCAUUCUACACAUAACAAUGAUUGUAGUAAUUGCAAUAAUAGAAACCAAAAUUCCCAUACUAAUGCUCCAAAUUAUCAAUUCUAUAAUACUAUUUUAGAAGGAGAAUUAGAUCUUAAUGAAUUUGUUAAUUUGCAGCACCUAUAUAUCUACGGUACUGGAUGGGGUCAGGACCAACAACAAAUGAUAACUUGUUUAACGAUCAAUAAAUGUAAUAAGUUAAUUGAUUUACAAUUAAAAUAUGCUUAUAUUUCCGAUAUAACGUUUGGAGAAGACAAACGACUAAAAAGUCAAGUAGAAAAAUUAGCUAGUAUUGUUCGAAAUAUUAAAGGUACUAAUCUUGGUGAUUUAAAAUUAACGGUUAAAAAAUUUGAAGAUGAAAAUUUAGAGUAUGAAAUAGCUGCGAUUAAGAGUAAAUUGACUGAAGAUUGUCAAUUGUUGUUAGAAACUUUACUAGAAGCUCAACAAGAAGUUUUACAAAAUGACAACGCUUUUGCCCGAAAACAAUUAGAGAAAAUUAAAAAGAGAUUAUCUAAUGUGAUUACCGCUGAGAAAGUUGAAGAAUUAUUAGGUAAAAUAGUGGAAAUUAAUGAAUUGGCUGCUCAACUAAAUAAUCUCAAAAUCCAAGAAAAUCAAUAA